CCAUCUUCGGUUAUUUGUCUGGUUUCCAGUCUCUCACUCCCAAUCGAUCUUUCAGGACAGCCGUUCGAUUGAAAAUCAACGACAGAUGCUAAACUGAGUUAGAUCCUCGCAUCGACCGUCGCAGCAGCACGGAUUUAGGAGACCCGCGGCUUCUUCCCCAUCAGGUGCAUCAAAUGAUCCAGUGCGCCCUAGGGAAAACCAGUAGCAAUGUUGAGAAGGUUCUGGGAGGAGGAUGCUAUACUCUGUCAAAAAAUUCUUUUGAGCAGAAUAGUUGCAAAUUUCAUUUAAAGGAACCUGAACUAUCUACAAUCAUUCUAAGAAAUUCUGAUCACAGGUGGGUUAUUCUCACGUUGGUUACCGUGGAACUUGAUGCACGCCGGAAGUUUGUUGCACCCUUUGUUCUGCCUCUGCAAGUUUCUAACCAGAAAAACCAUUUGGUGUCUGGAUCACAUGUAAAAAUGGAGGGGCUCAAUCCAGUUUAUCGACAACCUGCUAUUAUGUUACUGGAUGAUCUGCAAAGGUCACAAAGGAGGAAUUAUCUGCUGGAUCAUACAGGUUCUUGGAAGUCAUUUACAGCCAUCAGUUCAUAUGGGGCAAAAUUUCCAGGACAAUCUCGAAACAGGGGUUCAGGAAAUAAGAGAACUAAAGGUGCUAAGGUUUCUGCCGAUUCUUGCCUGCAGAAUCAUGCUGUAUCCAAUUAUUCUUAUGGUACUAUUUCUGAUGGUUCAAAUGCUACUGGUUCAUCUGAUUUAGCCUAUGACAUAUCCGAAGUAGAUAAGCCCAACAACGGAAGUUCAAGAAAGAUACAAGAAGCCAUACUGGAAAAAGUUGACAGUUGGAGCAUCAGUAAUGACAUUCUGGACUCCCCUUUGACACACACGGCGAUGCCUGUAUCAUACAGCAAUGAGGUCUGUGAGUCAGAAACAACAGCCUCUUUACCUCAGGACUUUGGUGAAGACUACAGCUGUGACCCAUUAGGUGUAGAUAGGUCUCAUUACCAAACCGCAGAUGUGUGCCUAUCUAAUUUCAUUGGCGAUGUGACAGAGAGACAUCCAAACCAAAGGAAUGAUGGCAUUUCUUUUGAUGUUUCCUCUGAUGGGUAUACUCAUUUGUUAGAUUCAUUUUCUGAUGGAUGGAACAGUGAUGGUAGUACUCAAAGGAGUGAUGAUGUCAAAUUUCAAAUACCUGUCAAAGAAGAUAAUGGAAUUAGUCCUUCAAACAGCAGGAUAGUUUCGGAAUAUGGUAACUACAGCAGUUCAUCAGAUGGUGUGGCAGUCGUCAGGGGACAUUUUUCUAAUGGGAUGUCAUGUAAAUCAAAUGGCGAAAUGUCAAACUCUAACUAUCGAUGGUCCAAGUUGGUGGUUGAUUCUGAAAAUAAUAACGAUAGAACUAAAUGGUGUAGUCAAGGCCAUUGCCGCGGUGACAGUCAUUCAGUAAUAUCAGGCAAGAGAGGUAGGCGAGGUAGGAAUUUUCCUGGAAAUUCAAGUGGGAUGCACAGGCUCAGUGGAGGCGUGAAUAUGCAUGGUCGAACAGGAAAGGAGAACAAUCAUUCUGUCUGGCAGAAGGUCCAAAAGAAUGACAUUGAUGGGUGCAUCUAUGAGCCAAAGAAAAUAGAUCCUGUCCAUUCAUCACUAGAUGCUUCAAAAGAGGCUCCCUUAUGCCGGAAACAUGAUUCAAUUACGAGAAAGAACUACCAACAAAAGGUCACCAGAUCUGCUUCUUUAGAUGAAAUGUCUUCCCAAACUGAAGAGCAUGAAAGGGUUUCAAGUGUUAUUGAUUCACAUAUAUCCUCGUUGAAAUCAGAAUAUGGGAACUCGAGGAAUAAGGCCUCUGAAAAGUUGAAAAGAAAGCCUAGUACCGGUUCAAAACAAGAACGUUGUCACCAUCCAAGGAAGGGGCCACAUACUGAUAAAUCUGACCUGGUUAGGCCUACAAAUAUGAAUAUGCAGCAGAAGGAAAAGUUGAAGCCAAUGAUCUGUAGAAAAGUCUUUGGUUCUGGCUCAAGAUCUCCUGGUUACAGCGAAUGCCAAAGAGCUUAUUUAACUGACAGAGUUGAUUGCUGUUCUUCAGAAUCACUUCAGAACUCACAAAUCCUCUUAGACGAAACAAAGCCUACAGGAAAUGUUUGUAAUUUAGUUUCCGAUAUACACGCUCCAGCUGCACGAAAUCCAAUGAACCUUUCGUCUACAACAUCGGAUUGUUCGGAACAAACACAUCUGCCAGAUGAGCAGUCAGAUUAUGACUCUACGUUUCAAAAGGAUUUGCUUGGAGAGCCCCAUCUCCCAAUAGGUAGUAAAGGUAAUGGGUCCACAGAAUUAGAAACAGAUGUUUCUAACAUAGAACACAGCAAGCAAGACCAUAAUUCUGGAUCAUUCAUUCAGAAGUGGGUUCCCAUACAGAAAAAAGAUGCACGGUUGUUGAACACAAGCAGAUCUCACAAUUUACCAACCUCUCAUCUGGAUGAGCCAGUCGAAGAUAGGUGGUGUCUGAAGAACAUUGAACAAGGGUUAUCUAGUUCCAAUUCUUAUCUCCCUUUUCCUAAUCCUGUGGCAAAUGAUGGAUUGGCAUCCUGGGGAUCUGAAUCUGGACUUGUAAAUUGUUCUUUUCCUGGAGAAGAGGGGCAGCAGACCAAGUUAAGAUGUCACGUGCCCAGUAUACACAAUGAUCAAAGUAGGACACGUGCUGCAUUUAGCUGCUGCUUAAGUCAUAAAGAGAAAGACGGCGAAAGCAUUUCCAUAUUUGAGACCAAUUUAAAUAUGCUACCGCGAGUAGUAAAUGAUGCCUACAGAUUGCAAAUUGAAUCUGAAGGUAUCCAGCUGGCAAUGUGCAGUCCACUGGCUGAGUUUGAGAGAAUUCUUCAUUCAGCCUCUCCGGUUCUUGAACGAACAAACAGUGUUCAAAACUGCAGGACUUGUUCAGGAGAUCAGCUAAUAGGAGAUUCUUUGUGCAUGCAUCAGAUACCUAAUGUUUCUCUGGGAAACUUUUGGCAGUGGUACGAAGGACCUGGGAGUUAUGGACUGGAAGUGAAGGCAGAGGAGUAUCGGAAUCCAAAGAGAUUGGAUAGUGACCGAUUUGGGUUUUGUGCAUAUUUUGUUCCCUUUCUGUCUGCUGUGCAGUUGUUUGGUCGCAGUAGGUGUUUCACGUGCACUAGUAAUUGCAUGCUUGAUGCUGCUGUGAAUACCACAUCAGAAAAUACAUCUGAUUUGGGUGACCUUCCAAUUCUCUCGCUACUGCUGCCUCGUCCUCGCAGAGAAGAGGGUGCAGGCUCAUCCCUACCUGGGCAUUCGUCACGUACUUCAGAUCCAUCAGGUGCAUCUGGCCAAGACGAGUUUUGUAAUCAUUCAGUUACUUGUGCAUGCCCUCGUGAUUCAGAGCUUCUCUUCGAGUAUUUUGAAUCUGAACAACCACACCAUCGGCGACCAUUAUUUGAGAAGAUACAGGAGCUGAUCAGAGGUGAUACUACAUCAAAUUGCCAACUAUUUGGAGAUCCAGCAAAGCUAGAUUGCAUGCAUCUGCCUGAUCUUCACCCUUCAUCCUGGUAUUCGGUAGCAUGGUAUCCAAUUUAUCGGAUACCAGAUGGUAAUUUUCGGGCAGCGUUCUUGACCUACCAUUCACUUGGCCAUUUCAUCAGGAGAAGUUCCUCAUUGGAUUCUCUUUAUGGGGAUGCUUGUAUAGUUUCUCCAGUUGUGGGUCUGCAAAGUUACAAUGCUCAGGGAGAAUGCUGGUUUGAGCCAAGGAAGUCAGCAGCAGUCCGGACAGAAGAAAACCUGCAUUUUGACCCUUCUGAAAUUCUGAAAGAGCGGUUGAGGACACUCGAACGAACCGCGUCUGUGAUGGCAAGGGCGUCUGUUCGGAAGGCUGACCAGGAAUCUGUCAACAGGCAACCUGAUUAUGAAUUCUUCGUCUCUAGGAGGCAGUAGAACGCUCUCCUUCCACUGGCAUGUGUUCAUCAUCGACUUGGCUGCAUCCGCACAUGUUUUUCUUAAUAGGUGCAGAAAUCAGGAUACAAAGCAAGAGUCAGAAUCUGGAACUGCGGUGGCAGUGGCCCACCGUGUUUUUCUUCAUUGUACAUUUGUAUAUGUUUUUUAUUUUUUUUUUGAAAAUUAGGUUUUUUGUUUUUCUUAAUUUAGCUAGGGUUUGAGAGUGCUGCUGUAUUUAAUUCGGUGCUCUUCAAAUGCUGUAAAAAUCUGCUCGCUGUUGUUCAGUGAUUGUAACUUUUCUCAAGUGAUUUCUCGUUAGCA